AUGGGUGGUUCCAGCUGCUUCCUCUGCCUGGGGGCAAGGAAGGAAGUCCCACCGCCUCCCCGGGGCGAUCCCCACAGCCGCAGCAGCGUCGCCGCCACUGCCACCGCGGCACGAACCUUCACCUUCGACGAGCUCGCCGCGGCGACCAGGAACUUCAGAGACGGCUUCCGCAUCGUUCGGACGGCGAGUCUCUACAAAGGCUACCUCAGGAGCGUCAAUCAGGUUGUUGCUAUAAAGCUGCAGCAUGCCUUUGAUCCUAGUGGAUCAUCAUCAUCAUCAGAACAACUCAACAAGGAGUUUCUUGCCCGUGUCCUGAUGCUGAGCUCGCUGCGCCACCCGAAUGUCGUCAACCUCGUUGGCUUUUGCGCCGCGGACGGCAAUCGCGGGAUCUUGGUUCACGAGUACAUGCCAUUGGGUUCUCUCCAAAAUCACCUCCAUGAUCGGUCUCCUGGCAAAGCACUGCUAGACUGGAACACAAGGAUAAACAUAGCUGCUGGCGUGGCCAAGGGUUUGGAGUAUCUACACCACCAAGGUGUGGUGUACUGCAAACCCAUGAGUAGCUCGGACAUCUUGCUCGGAGAUGGCUACCACCCAAAGCUGUCGCAGUAUGGACUGGCAGAGCUUCACCAGGUAGCUGCAGAGGAAGAGAGCUUCACGCGAAGUACUAAUAUUGCCCCCGAGAUGUUAGCUACUGGGAGGGUGGCCACCAAGUCGAACGUGUACAGCUUCGGCGUCGUGCUGCUGGAGUUGAUCACGGGACGGACCCCCUUCGACCCCGCCCAGGCCGUCGCCGAGGAUCGGAACCUUGUCAUAUGGGCCAUACGGUUGAUGAAGGACAGGAGCAAGUUCCGCUGGAUGGCAGACCCGGCGCUGCACGACCGGUAUCCGUUCAUGGGUUUGCACGAGGCACUUAAAGUUGCUUCCAUGUGCAUCCACCAACAGCCGGCCAUGAGAUCCCCCAUUGGUGCCGUCGUCGCAGCUCUGUCUCGCCUUGUCGCCUACGACGAUCAUCCACCUGAAUCAUCACACCACGCCGCGCCUCGUUAA